CCCUCCAGCCUGCAAUGGAGGUCAUUCUUUUCCUUCUGGUUUUCCUACUCUUAUAUUUCAUGGCAGGCAAAAUUCUCAAAAGCCCCUCGGGAAAUAAAUCAAGAUUGAGGCUUCCCCCGGGGCCUAAUCCACUGCCUAUCAUAGGAAAUGUGCAUCAACUUCUUGGCUCCCCAUUCCAUCACUUGCUCAGAGACUUGGCCAAAAAAUAUGGACCGUUGAUGCACCUAAAGCUUGGUGAAACUCCAACCAUCAUCGUGACUUCCCCGGAAAUGGCCAAAGAGAUUUAUAGAACAAACGAUGUCAUAUUUGCUUCAAGACCCUCUCAUCGUGUCACAUUCAAGAUUUUUUCCUACAAUCAUAACGAUAUUAUCUUUUCUCCCUAUGGAAGUUAUUGGAGACAACUACGGAAGAUUUGCACCAUGGAAGUUCUUAGUCCAAAACGCGUGCAAACUUUCAAAGCAAUUAGGGAAGAUGAAGUUUUUGGUCUCAUCAAAUCGAUCUCUUUGCAAAAGGGAUCGACUAUCAAUCUAAGCAGAAGGAUUUUCUCUCUCAGUUAUAGCAUCACAAGCCUGGCAGCCUUUGGGAAAAGAAGCAAAGACACGGAAAGGUUCUUAAAGUUCGUAGAUGAAAUCAAUGGGCUGGCAUCAGAGUUCUGCUUCGCUGACAUGUAUCCUUCAGUCAAGUUCCUUCAAGCGAUGAGUCUAAUUAGAUUAAGAUAUAAGAAAGUACACAAUCAAAUUGAUGAAAUACUGGCAGAUAUUCUCAACGAGCAUAGAGGGAAGAUCCAAGAAUCAAAACAGGAAGGGGAACAAGGUGGUAAGGAGGAUAUUGUUGAUGUUCUUCUCAAUAUUCAGAAACGUGGGGACUUUGAACCUCAGCUAACUGAUACAAACAUCAAAGCUGUGAUCCUGGAUGUCUUCAGUGCUGGUGGUGAGACUUCAUCAACGGCUAUCGAGUGGGCAAUUUCUGAGAUGAUUAGAAAUCCAGAAACAAUGAAAAGGGCACAAUAUGAGGUAAGAAAUUUCUACAAUGACAAAGGAGAUGUUGAUGAAUCACGCCUUCAUGAGCUCAAAUAUUUGCAUGCAAUUAUCAAAGAGGCCUUGAGGCUGCACCCAAGUGCUCCACUUUUGUUGCCAAGAGAAUGUGAUCAGGAAUGCAAAAUCAAUGGUUAUGACAUACCAGCCAAGGCACAAAUUAUUGUGAAUGCGUGGGCAAUUAGUAGAGAUCCAUUGUACUGGAGUGAAGCUGAGAAAUUUAAUCCUUCGAGAUUUCUUGAUUCUGAAAUUGAUUAUAAAGGGAAUAAUUUUGAAUACAUCCCAUUUGGUGCUGGAAGAAGGAUUUGUCCAGGCAUAUCAUAUUCUCAAGCAGUAGUUCAGCUGGUACUUGCACAACUGUUGUUCCAUUUUGAUUGGAAGCUCCCUGGUGAUCUGAAACCAGAAGAAUUGGACAUGGCUGAUAACCUUGGCGUGACAAUUAGGCGCAAAAAUGAUCUCCACUUGAUUCCAAUUCCUUACCCUGGUUCUUGCUUGAUUAAGGAUAACUAGACUUUACAGGGUUGCCUGGGAAUUAUGCUAAUACUUGUCAUCCCGUAUAUGAAACUGUAGAACUUUACCUUGAUGAUGUACAUAAAGUAAAGCUUUUUUAGAAACUUUCUGUACUCUAAAACUGCCAUGUUCCUGCCUCAACAAUGGUCGCCCCACUACGUGAAUUUAUACUA